CCUCUCCCUCCUCCCCCCUCCACACACACACACUGAUCCAGUCAGACAACACACUCAGUCAGAGCAGCAGUGAAACUCCAGAGCAGAGCAGAGAGAGAUGCUACAGACUGAGACCAACACCCAGUUGCACUUGGUUUGAUCUCACAUCCCUCUAAAAGAAAAACAGAACCUGACUCAAGGAAAGGAGUGAAGGAGUGAAGGAGUGAAGAAUCACACGCCACCUAGGGACAGAACCACAUCACAGCACCUGGAGGACAGAGGCAGGAUGCUGGCUAAAAUCCUGCAGGACAUGUGGGUCGAGCCGGAUCUGCUGGAGGCCCUGAGCGAGGAGCAGAAGAGGAUCCUGUACCUGAAGAUGAGAGAGGAGCAGGUGCGCCGCUGGAGAGAGAGGGAGGAAAAGGAGGAGAGAGAAGUGGGAGAGGACGCCAGGCCAAAGAAGGACUCCAGGAAACGGGUGAAGUGGCUGCUGGGUCGAGACGGAGACGUGAGCGUGACCGUCAUCGGAGAGAUUGACGAAUUCAGAUCCUCCAAACUUCUCCAGAACAACAUCAACAACAGACUCCACAGUGAUAAUAUGAAUGGCAUCCAGACAGUGGACUUUCUGCCAGGAAGUCAGGCCCGAGAGCUGGGCUUUGGAGGGGAACCGCAGCUGCCCCUCACAGAUAAUUACCCGCCGUCGCCAAACGACCAGACGUCAUCUGAGGAGGACGUGGACUCCUGCAGUGCCGAUGACCACCUGAAGGACCCCGUGGAGGACAGCGACAGUGAGUCAGGCAGCAGCUUCGACAACCUCAGUCACUGGGCCCCUCUCCGCAGGCCCCAUCCUAGUGGCCAUGGCAACCAGCCACCGUUCAAAGCCCAGCUGUCGGACACAGAGACGGAGAGAGAGAGCGAGCGACGGGACGCAGGGACUGACCUCAGUGGGGGUCAGAGGGCUGAAUACGGGGGGAUUGUGGCUCAGCUCAAGAAGACAUUUUCACCUGAUCCUCCCAGCACAACACCUGCCAAACCUGCUCAUAUGCAAAGGAGACACGCUCCGUUGAUGCGUUAGCCCUCCAGGUGGCUCGCACUGGGGCUAGCUUCAGUGUUCCACGCUAACGGACCAUGCUAGCCUGCGCACGUGGUGACACAAAGGUCUGCAUCUUUAACCUGGCUGGCGAUCCGGCGGUCGACCUUGUGACGUGGAGACGUGACGGGGGCGGAGGGAAAGAAAAGACUCCACAGAUUUCUGUAGUUCAAAUGAAGCAGCUUUGAUGUUGCUGACUUCAGAGGCAUCGACAAAGCUUUUGUUGUUCGGUUCCUCGUGUACAGAGAGAGGAACAGAGGUUCACACAGAACGUCGGCUCUGUGUGUAAAACAAAUUACACUUUUCUUUGUUGUUGUUUAUUUUAUAUAUACCUUUUUUUAAAUAGGUUUGUGUUAUUGUAAAGAUUAAAACGGUGUUCGAGGUUUUUUAUCGGGAACAGAAACAAAGACUAACUCUCACCUUUGAGCUUGUUUUUAAACUCUGCGUCUUGUCGCUUUGUUGUUGUGGACUCAUCGAUUUUCACCAGCGUGGGAAACAUCGUCCUCCCGACAAACGGCAGCCAUUAUGGUGGAGGAAACUGUGGAUGAAAUAAAAGCACUUUAUUUCUAGUGAAA